CGUUACACUAAAGCAAUUUCCCCCGGUCAAAGGUAAACGAGCCGCGGUACCAAAAUCGGGUUUCUCGUCCCCGUUCAUCUUAUAAUUAAUCAAUCGUAACAUUGAAAUCUAAGCGGUCCAAUGGAUCCGGAUCUCGAUUCCGGCCUCUUCGGUAUCCAGCUCUCCGACUCCGAGGACGGAAGCAGCAACAACUCAGAACCCGCUGAAGGGACUCGGCCGAAGAAAGGGGAAGCAAGCACACCCGUAGACCGGACAGCCCAGUCGGAGGAGGAGUUCCAGGCAGUGCGGAGGGAGUAUCGGGUUAAAGUCGAAAAUGGAGAAAUAUGGAAGACUAUCCAACUCCCCCUAGGACCAGGCCGGGUCCCCAAGCCCGAGGCUCAAGCCCUACUACACGCAGUUGAGGAGCUAUACUUCUUUCGGCGGUAUGCCGAGGGCGCAAAUUUUGCGCGAGCUGUUCUAGGUGGGAAAGGGAGUGAAGGUGAUGACGAAGAGGGACCAUCCGGGCUUGACGAGGAUACUAAGAAGCUAUUGCGAUAUUAUGAGAAGAAAUGUCACGAGAAGGAAGUGUAACUAUAGAUAAAGGGAGGACUAAAAAGAUUCGAUACCCCGCUACAUAAAAAUUUUAUUACGAAAUAUAGACUAC